UACAAUCCUCAGCUUUGAUGUUAAAAAUCACUAAAUCACGCAAACAGUUUAUCUUUAACGUUUUAGAUCAAUGAUCAUUAACUUCCCGUGGAAGAUGUGUGGUUAAAUGUGACAUUGUUUCAGAUUCUGUGUUCAGACAGCACCCCUCCACUGUAAUUUGAUCUUUUGGACUUAUCCACUCCUUCUCCUAAAAUAACCCUUUCCUGAAGCCAACUAACACACACACACACACAAGGAAUAAGAAGUAUGGCUGCACCACAUUAGCGCCUCUGUUCCUCUAAGUAUUAGGCUGACGGUGUAUGGUGGAAACACUAACUGAGCUCUGAGGGACGUUUUAAAUCCAGAUUCUGCCACCGAAACAUUGUCUCUCUGCUAAAGUUUUCUGCCAUCUGUACAGGAUUGAGAUUUAUUCUUCAGCCAGUGAGGAUGAUGAUGGUGAACGACGACACUCUGGUGGAGUGUAAGAUAGACGACAGUGACGAAGAUGAGAUGAACACGCCCCCUCCUCCUCCUCCUCCGGAGUUCGCAUCCAAGGCUUCAACUCCAGGUCCCAAAGCUCCGACGCCUCCUGCGGACCCCGCCACACCCACACCAACCCCAGCUGCCAACAGAGAUCCGAACGGCAUCAACCGACACCUAAAGGUGGAGGUCAGUGACGUACUGGUUGAACCCGCUGCACCUUACAGCAUGGACAUAGUUUGGGUUUCCAGCCUGGUUGGCUUUGAAAGGACUCGUAUCUGGACGUACCGCUGCCUCACCGUGCUGUUUGCGGUGCCCCUCGCUUUCCUCUGUGGGUUUUUACUGGCUCUUCUGGCCUGCCUGCGUGUCUGGUUCCUGGUUCCUUGUUUACAGCUGAGUUACACCUUCCUCCCCUGCUUGCGCUCCUUGUUUGUGUGCGCCGUGAACGACUUCGUCUCUCCUUUCUGUUUGUCUCUGGCUCUCUGCUGCACUCAGAUCUCCAUCUCGCUGUCGAACAAAGACUGGAAUCAUAAGAGGGACAAACACACUGUAUGAAUAUAAAAAAACUAUGAGUUUAAUUAAGUGAAAGAGUGACUGUGUGAAUGGGACAGAGAGAGAGAGAGAGAGAUUUUAGCAUGUUUUUUUUAGGCUUUUACAUGUAAAAAAUGUUUGUUAAUGUAGUAGUAAUUGUUAUAAUAGUACAGUAACUAUUUUUGUUUGUAUUCUAUUUAUUUUUUAUUUUUCGCAUAUACAGUACAUUAUUUAAAUAAAAGUGUUGACUA